CUUAAAUUGAGAAAAUACCUUAUUAAAAAUAACCAUUUUAGGAUUAUUUCUGUAAAGUACAAUACAUCUUUUCUUUUCACCUCCACGCCUUGUAUCGAAGAGCAAAGGAGAAGACGCCGUUGGCUGCGUUAAUGCAAUGGCAGUUUAGAAAGAGAGAAAUUUAAAAAGAACAAGCAACAGGCAACAGCUAGCUCCAGCACCAAUAACUUCUAUAUUGCCAGACACAUAGUUUUCAGGUUCCAGCCACCGUUAUCGAGAGAGCAUACUUCUUGGUCAAAUUUUUCUCUUAAUUUUGUGGUGGCAUGAGGUCAUCAUCCUCAAAGCAAGGGGCUGACAACAAACAUGGUAUUAGUGGCCACGUGCGCACUCUUCAUCAGCGCCUUCACCAUGCUCUUGGUCUUGGAUUACAUGAUGAUAAAGGGCGGAAUUGGAAUUUUACAGACUUCAAUAAACAAAGACUUGUAAUCCAUUCCAUUGAUGCAUUUCUUGAUAAUUUAUCCUUGGAGGCUCUAAAGCACCCCCUUGUAAAGGAUUCAGUUCCAAAUAUGGUUGGAGCAUUGGGAAGUAUUCUUGAGUCAGAAAGUGAAGUUAUUUUGAUUUCGGCCACAAAAGUUGCUAUAAAGAUUGCCAGUAGUUUACCAUGUUCGGUGCUGAGAUCUCACUCAUCCAGUCUUGUUAUUCCCUUAUCAUCCUUGUUAUCUUCCCACCAGUCACAGGUUUCUGUAUCAUCUGCCACUGCCUUAAAAUCCAUUCUAUCAAAUCUGAGUACCAAAAGAGAGAAUGAAGUUUGGGAGAUUCUGAAACAAAAAAAUGUGGUUGCUGAGAUUCUUCAAAAUCUAAAUGAAUUUUCAUCAGGCAACAAGUCAAAUGAGUUCUUUCAAGAGAUGGCUUCUCUUUUGAGUAAAAUACUCCAGAUGUGGCCACCUUCUAGGCUCUGUGUUUAUACUGAUACCAAGCUGCUGAAUUAUCUGGAUACUCUUACACUCAGUCCCAUGUUCUCCAUACAAUCUUCUCUACUACAUAUCUAUUCUGCUAUAGCUUUAUGCCGCAAUGGAGCUAAGACAAUCUUAGACAAUGGGGACAAUCUUCUUAAAAUGAUGGUGGAUAGCAUGGACAUUUCGAAACCCUAUUCAGUUCAAAUGGGAGCAUUAAAUCUGGCUCAGUGUCUGAUGAUGUGUGAAGAAGAAUGCUCAACAAUUAUUAAAAUAUGUGGUGAGUCGAUUGUGAAAGCCAUAAUGACUGGAAUGGGCUAUUUGAGUAGAGGUAAAAACUUUUAUACAGAGCACAUGCCAAGACUAGUGGAGUCUUGCAGUUUAGCUCUGAUUACACGUUGGGCUGGGGAACAUCAUCAUUACUUUUGUAAAGCAGGAAUUGGUGGAGUCCUCCUAAAUCUUUUCAUGGGCAAUUUUCCCGAAGACAACAAUUGUUUACAUUCCUUGCCUCUACAAGAAAAAAUUGUCAUAAUACAAUCACACGAGGGUCUCCAAACAAAUUUUUGUCUACCUUUAAGACCAUAUAUUUGGGAUAUUCUUGGACAUCUUGCAACACAUUCCACCAAUGAUUGCAAUCCAAUGAUGCAUGGGCAUGAGGCAUGCUUGAAUACACUCGUAGUGUGUGCAUGCUUAGGCUUUGUGGACUCAAUGAGUGUCACACAUCAGACUGGUGAAGAUAAUAAUGCACAUGAAUCAGUGUCUAGAGCAGUUCUUAAGAUGAUUUAUUCUCCCUGGAAGCAUCUUGCAUUCCAAACAAGACACAUACUCUCUGAAGUUCUGAAAUCCAAUGGAAAGAAUUAUGUCAGGCGUCUCUUGAGUACUUUAAGAAUCACAUCUUCUGGCACCAAGAUUGGAAUGCCUUCAAAUCUUCAAAUUCUGAUAAGCUUGAUGGGUUUGACAUGUUAUUCAGCUCUGCCAAACUAUAAGAACAAUGUUAUUGAUAAUCAAGGAGUAACAGAUUUGUUGGCUUUCAUAAGAUGGUGGCUAGUCAAUCCUCUACCCGUGAAAAGGAUGCAUCUAGCUCCACAUACACAGAAUAUAUUUUGUGUGAGAGCCUGUUGCUGGGGACAUUUGGCUGAAUGGGAAGGAGAAGACAUGCUCUUACUUUUGGGUCUUUGGUGUCUUGCCGAGUUAGUAGUGCACUCUGGUUCACACGAUGAUGAUCAUGCUGUUAUGUCCAAACAUCUGGAGGGUGGCAAUGAUGCACUGUUCAUAGAGGAACUUCAACAGAUAUGUUACCAAAAUUUGUAUCCUGGACCAAGAUGGUAUGCUUCAUACAUUCUUUGGCAUCUUGGAUUGUAUGGAUUCGCUAAUAGGUUUGGACAAAGGAUCUGUAAAGCACUUAAUGAGGAUAUAAUGCCUGAUUUAGAACUUAUCCAUGGGAAUCAGGGAUCCUUUUUUGUUCAUAGUGUUAUUCUUUCAGUUAGAUGCCCGUCAUUGUUGCCAUCCAAAGAAGCCCUUAAAGAGAAGCCACAGUUUGGCUCUCUUUCGAAGUGUGAUGUGGAGACACAUAAGAGGUCAAUGAGCAAAGUUCAGCUCUCCCCUCAUGCUGAUCAUCAGAUAUUAGCAAAGUUGUUAGAGUACGUGUACUCUGGAUACUUUCAAGCUGGUGAAGACCUGAUAAAGAAGUUGAGAGUGUAUGCCAAACGUUGCAAUCUUCAUUCUCUUCUGCAUAUGCUUUAUAGGAGGCGACCAAAAUGGGGCGAACCUUUUCCAACGUUUGAUCUUACUUGUGCUCUUGGGUCAACCGGAUAUCAUUUCUCAGAUAUCAUUUUAGAAGCUAAAGCAGCCAACUUUGCCGGAUGGAGAUGCAGUUUUUGUUGCUCAUUAGUUCCACACUAUCAUCUUCACAAAGUUAUACUGUGUUCAAGCUCUGAUUACCUACAAGCACUAUUCAGUUCAGGAAUGCAAGAAAGCCAUUUACAGACACUGAAAGUACCCGUGAACUGGGAGUGUUUAGUGAAGCUAGUGAACUGGUUCUACUCAGGUGAGUUGCCUGGACCCAUGUCCGGGUGCCUUUGGGAUAGUUUGGACACUGAUGCGAAGCUAGAAGAAGUUAGGCCAUAUGUGGAGCUAUGCUGGCUCACAGAGUUCUGGCUCAUAAGCAAUGGCUUACACGAGGAUUGCUUCGGAGCGGUUUUGUCAUGUUUAGAUUCGUGUCAAGACUUGUCAAUCAAAAUCAUGCAAAUUGCGGCCGAGCAUUCUCAGUGGAAGCUAGUUGGAGUUGCCACAGAGUAUGCUGCACCCUUGUAUCACCUCAAGCGUAGUUCCGGUGAGCUAGAUGCUUUGGAGGAGAAUCUUGUGGAAAUGAUCCGAGCUGCUUCUGUUCAACUUUCCCAAGAAAAGCUAUAAUAUUGGUGCUGUGUUUGGAUUUGCCAGGAGAAGAAGCAUUUUGACACAACUGUACAGCUAAAUCAUACUGUAGUAUAUAGGUACAGAAGACUGAUUUUUUUAGUCAUCCUGUUGUGCAGUGAUUGAGCAGGAGUUAUACUCCAUAUAGCAUAUGGGGUUUAACAUUUUGAACAUACAGAGAACUUUUUUUUGUAUGGGUAUAGGAUUUUUUUUCAUUUCUUUUACUCCAUCCACCCCUAAAUAAAUUAUAUAUUACACAAAAUGAAGUAAUGUCCCAUGU